AUGAGCAGUCAAGAUUCUGACAUAACUGCAUUACUAGAGGCAUCAGGAGAGUCCACUUUCAAAAAAGCUACUAAAAAAGCACAAGAGGUGGUAGACCAGUUAACUAAUAUCUCACUGGACGUUGCUGUAACUGGGGAAUCCGGGUCAGGAAAGUCGACUUUUAUUAAUGCAAUAAGAGAACUGAGUGAUGAUGAUGAAGGUGCAGCUGCAACUGGUGUUACAGAAACUACCUCUGAACCAACCCCUUACCAACACCCAACAAUGCCAAAUGUGAUUUUCUGGGACCUUCCUGGAAUUGGAACCACAAAGUUUAAGGCUAAAGAUUAUCCUAAGAAGAUGCAGUUUGCCAGGUAUGAUUUCUUCAUCAUCAUCUCAUCUGAGAGAUUCAGAGAGAACGACAUCCUGCUGGCCAAAGAGAUUAAAAAGAAGAAAAAGCUGUUUUACUUUGUUAGAUCAAAGAUAGACAAUGAUGUCAAUGCAGAACAAAGUAAAAAAGACUUUAAUGAAGAGAAAAUGCUCAGUAAAAUCAAGCAGAAUUGUCUGGAAAACCUCAGAGAAAUUGAAAAUCCUAAAGUUUUUCUCAUUUCCUCCAGAGAUAUUUCUGCAUUUGAUUUUGAGGAGCUUGUGGACACACUGAUGUCAGAGCUUCCAGAGCAUAAACGAUACGCUCUAAUGAGGUCAGUACCAGUCACUUCUGUGACUAUGCUGAAGAAAAAAGUCAGAAUGUUUAAGAUAGCAGCCUGGGCUGCAGCUGCUUGCUCUGGUGGAAUUGCAGCAGCUCCAGUACCUGGUCUAUCAUUUGCAUGUGAUGUUAGCAUUCUGGUGGCUUUCUUUACAAGCUGCUACUUCUCAUUCGGCCUUGAUGAUAAAUCGAUUGAAAGACUCUCAAAACGAGUCAACAAGCCACAUCUGAGAUCUGUGAUAAAAUCUCCACUUGUACUGGCACUGGCAUCAAACUCAGCUAUGAGACUGCAACUAUCUGCAUUAGCCUGUAGUGAAGUUUUGGAAUCCCUGUUUAGCUUUCUACCUGGUGUAGGAAGUGCUGUAGCAGCAGGAAUAUCUUUCACUGUUACAUAUACACUUCUGAAGAAUGGACUGAAAGAGCUUGAAGAGGCGGCGCUGAUGGUACUGAGAGAGACCGAGUUAAAGUAA